AUGCAACACAUCUCACCCCCUUCGGUUUUACUAGAGAAGCCAUCACAUGAGAACCUACCACAGUCACGUCCGAAUUCAACAAUCAUUCGCAGUGUAGUCGAUGAUGGGGGUCUUCCCGAAGUAGUGAAUUCCAAUUAUGCUAUGAUGAAAUACCACGACGCCCCAAUCCCGGUAGACUCAGAGUCAGACAAGCGAUUCAGUGAGGCUCCCAUCCCAACAGGAACCCUAGACGAUUCUCCGCCUCCAUUACCAGCGCGCAAUCCUACAACCCAAUAUCCAUACAGCCCGGGAUCUUAUGCGUCCCAACACCAACUACAAUACAGCACAGGCGGUCACGCUGCUCAAGUACCCCUGCAACAUCCUGACAAUGGCGGUUUUACACCACAGCCGCCUUCCUACAAUAGCAAUGAAGUGGUUACAUACGUAACACCACUUACCGAACUUGGCGAUCAUCCCAAGUUUGUGGACUGUCCCUUCUGCAGGCACCGCGCUGAGACACGAGUAAAGAAGACUUCGUCAAAAGUGACACAUAUAUCUGCAACUGUUCUUGGGUUUACAACCAUCGCCGGUGCUGUUGUUCCCUAUGCUGGAAAGUGGGCUGCUCAUACAACACAUUACUGCACAAACUGCGACCACAAGGUAGCCACACGAAAAUGGGGAUCCAAAAACAUGAAGGCGUUGGGCACUCCUGAACAUAUGAGGGAACUUUCACGAUAUCCCUCUGCGGGCUCGCCGUCCAUGUCCAGCAGUUCGAGGAUGGGAUAG